AUGCGCGUUCUCAUCGUGUCUGACUACUCACCGACGGAGGUGCACGGUAUCGCGCUUCAUGUGCGCAACAUGGUUCUGGAGAUGGCAAAGCUCGGGCAUGAAUUGCAAGUCUACACCUGUAAAAGCGCAGAGGAGCUGGAGGCCGAGGGUUAUAUGGAGUUGAGACACGAGGCGCAAAUAGGGAACCCAGACGGCAUCUACCGAAAGAUGGGGCUGUGUAUCACCAACUACUGGAACCAGGGAAACCAGAUUUGCCUCUUUCCGGGCUGGAAUCUGUUUCAAGCCAUGCGCACGUUCGAACCCGACAUCGUCCACAUCUUCCUACCCUCCGCGGUGGCAUUGGCGGUAUUAUAGCAGUUUCUGACAAUUUUUCGAGUCUCGAGGAUGAUGUUUUAUUUCUGAAUAUGCAACGAGAACGACCAAGUGCAUGACUAUGCGCAGGCAGUUGUGAGGUCUACAUUCAGAAAGCAACAUCAACAAAUAGGUCCUAACUCGUGCGCGCUUCCUCGGUGUGCCGACCUAUGUGAGUCACCACGUAGACAUGGUGUAUUACGUAAACUCCUACAUGCCAAGCGGCUGCUUUUCCGCCUUCGCAGACUAUUCCUACUCGCUCUCCGGCCGCGUUCCGGCAGCUCUCUUAUCAAAUGUAAAAAUGUCUGGGUCUGGAAGAUUCAUGCUGUUUUUGCAUGACACACAAGGUCUGGCAUGGAAGCUCUAGCAUCACAGGUUUCGAGAAGCUUCCGCAAUGCCGAAUCCGCAUGACAAAUCCCCCACUUUGGUGACAGAAAGUGGGCGGCUUUUGCUACCUAUGCAUGAGAGAUUUUUCUGUGUUCUGAAAUGCGCAUCACAAGUUGCAUUCUUCCAGACCCAGACACUUUUGCAAUCCAUACCUCUGCGGCGACGCCAACGUAGCGCCAUCGCUCGCCGCCAUGCAGAAGGAGUUCAUAUGCUGUGCAAAAGUAUCGUACUCGUAUAAAUGCAGGUCUUGCAUUACAAAUAUCUUUGUCAAGGCAAAUCAGCAUUUACAAAUUUUCUUUCUCAUGCUGAGAAAAUUUGUAAUGCAUUUAUUCGAGUACGAUACUUUUGCAGUUCAUAGUUCAGCUUCCUAGACAAGCGUUGUUUUUCCAGCUAUACGACAACAAAACUGCAACCGAAUGACCCAAGGCCGCCGGAACUGUUCGGCGACGCAGAGAGCAGCGAGAGAAGAGAAGCUGAAUCGGACAUCACAAGCAGUGCAGCUCCUACUACAUCAUCUUUUGGGUGUUUUUCUUUCUUGAGCAGUCUGGCCGCCUCUUGCGGCCGUUCUCUAGCCGGCAACUGCAUCCAGAAGAAGAUGUUUCGCUGCAUGUCUUCCAGCCAGGGUCCGUAUUCGCAGAGGAAUUACAUGGUGAUUCCGACUGCAGUGCCCUCGAGGUUUUCGGAUGGCACUAGAAGUCCGAGUACGAGUAAGACAACCACCGCGAGUUCGUCUUCCCCCACGGAAAAACGGGGCCGCGGCGGUUCUUCGUCGCCUGCGCAAGUCUCGAGAACGACCACGGCUUCAUCUCCAUCCCGGGGAACAACGAGCAGCCUGGUUUUGCGGGGGAACAGCCGAGCAAAUGGAUCCCCGCCGAAAGCUGGAACGAAGUCAACAAAGCAGGACAGUUCAGGCAGUAAAUCUCCAAAACCCGCUUUUCCUGCUGGUAUUCCCUGGGGCGGCGGCUUGGGAAAAAAUUCCUCGUCAGCAUCGAGUUCUACUGUGAAUGCUGGAAUAAAAGCGAGUGGGACGAACCCGAAUGCGAUUCCAAAAAGCCCAUCGAAAUCGUCGCCCUCGCGCGCAGCAUCGUCGAAGCAAUCGGGAGUGAAGCUGCGGAAGAUUCUCCAGAUCCCGAAUCAGCGGAAGAUUCUGCUGAUGGUAAACCGCCUGGCUCCGGAGAAGCAUGUGGACACCGCGAUUCGGGUGGUCAGCCGUUUUCGCGACCGCUUUCACUUGGUUAUUUGCGGUGACGGGCCGAAGCGAAAGGAGUUGGAAGAGUUGGCUGUAGCCUGCUACAAGUCGUCGCCUGGGGCAGAGAAGCAGGAAAGCUCACUGGUGCAAAAAACACUGGAAGCUGCCAGUGCACGAAUACACAAGUUCGUACACGGCGAGGACGAAAGGCCGGACGGGCUUGCCGAGUGGAAGAAGCUGACGAACGGGGUUGUACCUGUUUCAACGUCGUCGCCGAAAGCGAAAGCCGCGUCCGCUGGCGCAGGCAAGAUUCUUGCGGCAUCUCCGGCGAAAAACACAAAGGCAGCGUCGAGCGGGCGCGAAUCCUCGUCGCCAUUGAAGGGAGCGAACCCGGCAAGUCCGAAACGGGGCGCUAGUAGUACAACAAGUGCGUCGAUAAGCGACAUCAAUGUGACCUUUUGCGGUGCCAUCCCGAACGACCUUUUGCCGGAGCUUUUUUACCGGGAGAGUGAUUUUUUUCUCACGUGCUCCGAAAGCGAAACGUUCGGAAUCACGGUCAUCGAGGCCCUCGGGUGCGACUUGCUCCCUCUUCUUCCCUUGCAGUCGCCGGUCUUUGCGGAAUUUUACGAACAGGUGCUGGGGCCGAGCGGAUGCGACGUGAUGUUCCGGGAUGAGCCGGACCUGGUGCGGAUCCUAAAUCGCCUGGGGACGGACAACCGCGUUUCCGUGCGGAAUGUGCGCGAGCGGCUCAGCGCUCGCGGAAGUUUGUUCUUCAGCUGGCAGGAGGCCGCAGAGGAAACUGUGCGACAGUAUGAAAAAGUCAUUUCGAAAUGCGCAGGAAGAAGAACAAAUGCCAGGUCAUCUUGAUACGCCGCGCGCACUCAACAGUCUCGCGAGGGUACUUAUGUUUCAAGGAAGCAAAAGCUAUGUAACUGCGAUGACAGUGCGCAAAUUUUAC